AUGGAGGCUCGAGAAUUCUCACACAUAGACGCCGAAUCAAACGAGGAGACAUCCGAAAUGCUCUUCACUAAGCGCCGUUGCGGUUAUUGCAUACCUUGUUUCGGUUCCUCCAACGGAUCAUCGCCGAAUUUGAACUGGUGGAGAAGAAUCCGAACACCGGAGAGGGACGACGGAUCGUUCUGGGUUCGAGGGAUCGGCGUCUUCAAGAAGCUGCGCGAGUGGUCGGAGAUCGUCGCUGGUCCGAGAUGGAAGACUUUCAUACGACGAUUCAAUCGGAACAAGAGUGGUGUAAUCAGCAGGAAUGCGAAAUUCCAGUACGAUCCUCUGAGUUACGCGCUUAAUUUCGACGAAGGGCCAGGGCAGAACGGGAAUCCUGAGGAGGAGAUAGAUUACAUCUCUCGGAAUUUCUCGUCAAGGUAUGCUUCGGUUCCGGUGUCCGCCAAGACGUCGAUGGACCUCGGCAAGGACGAUCCCACUUUCGUUUAA